GUGCAUUAUACUUCUGUGUACCCUGAGCAGACCUUUACAUCACAACCACGCCAGCCGAGGUGCCACGGCUUUGACAUUCUAGGUUUCAGGUAUGUGAUGACCAUGGCCUUCGCCAUCGAGGAAAUCAACAGAAACACAGAGCUGCUGCCCAACGUCACUUUGGGAUAUAGACUUUACGACAAUUGCGGUUCGCUGAUGGUCGGGUUUAGUGGAGCGCUGUCACUGGCCAGCGGUCGAGAAGAGCAGUUUUUGUUCCAGGAAGAAUGUGUGGGAAGCCCUCCAGUGCUUGGCAUUGUUGGGGAUUCCUAUUCGACUUUCUCCAUUGCCACAUCAAUGGUGCUGGGUCUAUACAAGAUGCCCAUUGUGAGUUAUUUUUCCACAUGCUCCUGUCUGAGCAAUCGGAAAUUAUUUCCAUCCUUCUUCAGAACAAUCCCCAACGAUGAUUUUCAGGUUCGAGCAUUGAUCCAGAUCCUGAAACAUUUCAACUGGACUUGGGCCGGCCUGCUUGUCACUGAUGAUGACUAUGGACUCGGUGUUGCCCGCUCGUUCCAGUACGAGCUGGCCCGGUCUGGCAGCGGCUGUCUGGCCUACCUGGAGGUUCUACCUUGGGACAAAGACCUACAUGAAAUCCAGCGGAUUGUGACUUUAAUGAAGAGGUCAACCGCCCGAAUAGUCAUGGCGUUUGCACACGAGAGCCACAUGCUUCACCUGCUGGAUGAGAUCGUAAAGCAGAAUGUGACAGGCCUGCAGUGGGUUGCCAGUGAAUCCUGGACGGCAGCCACGGUGCUCCAGACUCCACGUUUCAUGUACUACCUGGGGGGCACGCUGGGUAUCGCCAUCCGUCGAGGGGAAAUACCAGGACUCCUUGACUUCCUCUUACAAAUACGUCCUGACAAGCACGACGAACACGGCUACAGCUUGGUGAACCAAUUCUGGGAGAACACAUUUUAUUGUCGAUUUGUGCCGCAAGCCGGCUGGCUCGGUGCAACCUGCACAGGGCUUGAAGAUUUAACGAGUGUGGAGACAGAUUUUUUUAAUCUUUCUAACCUCAGACCUGAGUAUAAUAUUUACAAGGCGGUCUACGCUCUGGCGUAUGCCCUUCAUGACCUGCUGAAGUGUGUGACUGGCAAAGGGCCUUUCAGCGGGGACAGUUGUGCUACUUUGCAGAGUCUGGAGCCAUGGCAGCUUUUGCACUAUCUGCAAAAGGUCAACUUCACCACAUCGUUUGGUGACCAAGUGUCUUUUGAUGUGAAGGGUGACGCCUUACCAAUAUAUGAUGUCAUUAACUGGCAUUGGCUCCCUGAUGGACAAACCAAAGUGCAGCAUGUGGGUGAGGUUAAGAAGUCGGCAUUAAAAGGCGAAGAACUCACACUUGAUGAAAACAAAAUCAUCUGGAGUGUUGGCUACACCAAGCCUCCUAGGUCUGUGUGCAGUGAGAACUGUCCUCCAGGUACUCGCAUGGCCAGAAAGAAGGGACAACCUGAGUGUUGUUUUGACUGCAUCCCUUGCUCUGAAGGAAAGAUCAGCAAUAUUACUGACUCCACAAAGUGCACCAGCUGUCCAGAGGACUUCUGGUCCAACCCUGAGCAUGACCGCUGUGUUCCUAAGAAAACAGAGUUCCUUUCCUACCACGAGCCCCUUGGCAUCUGCUUGACAAGUGUUGCUUUGCUGGGCACAUUUAUCUGCGCUGUUGUUCUGGGGAUAUUCAUCUAUCAUCGCAGCACACCCAUUGUGCGGGCCAACAAUUCAGAACUCAGCUUCCUGCUCUUGAUGUCACUUAAACUGUGUUUCCUCUGUUCGCUCUUGUUCAUCGGCCAUCCCAGGCUGUGGACUUGUCAGCUGAGACAUGCAGCCUUUGGAAUCAGCUUUGUGCUCUGUGUAUCGUGCAUCCUGGUUAAAACAAUGGUGGUUCUGGCUGUGUUCAGGUCCUCCAAACCAGGAGGUGGAGCCGGUCUGAAGUGGUUUAGUGCCAUGAAGCAGAGAGGAACAAUUAUGGCUCUUUCUUGCAUUCAGGCAGUUAUCUGCACUGCUUGGAUUGUUUCUGCAUCACCGACUCCUCAUAAAAACGUGCAAUACCACAAUGACAAAAUUGUUUAUGAGUGUGUAGUUGGCUCUAGUGUAGGCUUUGCAGUGUUGCUGGGCUAUAUUGCUUUACUAGCUAUCCUCAGCUUCCUGUUAGCAUUUAUGGUAAGACAUCUCCCAGACAACUUCAACGAGGCUAAACUUAUUACCUUCAGUAUGUUGAUCUUCUGUGCCGUGUGGGUUGCCUUCGUCCCUGCUUACAUCAACUCUCCCGGAAAAUACGCAGACGCGGUGGAGGUCUUUGCCAUCCUGGCGUCCAGUUUUGGCCUCUUAGUGGCACUGUUUGGACCUAAAUGCUACAUCAUCCUGCUGAGACCAGAGAGAAACACAAAGAAAGCUAUUAUGGGCCGAUAUAAGCAUUGA